GUUUUCAUACGCGACGCUUGCUGUCGUCAUUGAGACGCGACAAACGUUCCGCACGUGUGUGUUUGCAGUGUCGAUGAGGAUUUUAAAGUCAAACUGAAGAGAGAUGGAGAGGAGGGAGGAAGAGGAGGAGGAGGAGAGGAAGACUACGGCUCAGACAGAGGUGGAGGCUCCAGAGAGAAGAGGUGAUGAUGAAGAGGAGGCUGCAGAGAGAGGUGAUGAUGAUGAAGAUGGGGAUGAAGAGGAGGAGGAGAAGGCUGCAGAGAGAGGAGGUGAUGAGGAGGAGGAGGAGGAGGAUGGUGAUAAAGAUGCUGCAGGGAUGAAGAAGGCUAAACAGAAAUCUGUCAGAGUGACUUCCUGUCCAGACAGGAAGUGUGUUCCAGGGAUUAUCUACCUGGGUCACAUUCCUCCGAGGCUCCGCCCCAAACACCUGAGGAACAUGCUGUCGGUGUACGGAGAGAUCGGACGCGUCUUCCUUCAGCCGGAGGAUGGACAGGUGAGGAGGAGGAAGAGGAAGUCGGGGUUGAGGAGGUGUGACUUCACUGAAGGGUGGGUGGAGUUUCGAGAUAAACGUGUGGCGAAGAAAGUGGCCUCGUCUCUCCACAACACGCCGAUGGGAAGCAGGAAACGCCAGCGCUUCUCCUCCGACCUCUGGUGCAUCAAGUACCUGCACAGGUUCCAGUGGACUCACCUGAGCGAGCGGCUGGCCUACGAGCAGACGGUUCUCCAGCAGAGACUCAGGACUGAAGUGUCUCAGGCAAAGAGAGAAACAAACUUCUACCUGAACAACGUGGAUAAGAGCGCUCACCUGGACAAGCUGAGGAGGAAGAGACAGAGAGACGGACAACAGGUGGACGACAGGACGUGGGACUUCACUCAGCGUCAGACGGAGGAGGAGAUCCAGAUGAAGAAGAAGAAGAGGAAAGACACCGUUUCCCAGAAGCACCUGGACAAGGCCCGCCUCAUACAGCAGAAGAGCCAAUCGAAUGUCUCGCUGUUAGCCAAGAUAUUCAACUCCAGCCAACAAGAGUAACAGCAGACAGACAGCUGUUGGACAAGAUUGUUUCCAUGGAAACAGGAAGCGGAUUGUAAAGAACUGGUGCUGACAUGCCCACAUUCCCCAACCAAUCACAGGCCAGUCUCAGCAGGGGGCGGGGCCGUCUGAGUUCUGUUCCCACCUACCGAUCUUUUCCAGCCUUCUGUACCUGCCUUAAAGAGCUCGUGGAGUCUCAUCAGUCUUAGUUAUUACCUCUCUGAUUCGUCAGUUACAGAUCACCAGUUUCACAGUGUCUGUCUGACAUCCUCAUCUUUUACCUGUGCAGGUGCUCAUCCUGUCACCACACCUUCACAUCUCUCUGUAUAAAGUGUUGUAAAUAAAUCUACAAUCAUGUGACAGACUUAAUAACUCA